AUGUCCAAACCAGUGCUCAAUCCUAAGACGACACACUUGGAGUUCUCGGGGUUGCCCGGCGCAUUGGCAAUCUCCAUUGGGCUCCCCGCGGUGCUCAUUCUCUUCGAAUUGCUGUGCAAUCGCGUCUACCUGGCCCAGGGUAUCUCUCUUAACUUUGCCGCCAUCAAGGAUCAGCUCCCGAACUCGUGGGAAGCCGUGAAACUUCUUGUGUUUGACCCGCUCUGUUGGAAAGCAUACUUGACGUGGUUUUUCACCUUAGCUGCGUGUGACGUGUGGUUGCCUGGGCAAACCCUCAAAGGGGUGCCAUUGAGAGAUGGCACGCAGCUCACUUAUAAGAUCAAUGGCCCCGCCAUGCUGAUUCUUUUCAUUACUGUGCUUGUGUACCGCUGGUACACCUGUGAAAACCACUACAUGCCCGAAUUAGCAUUCGUGUACAACAACAUCCUUCAGCUCACCCUCACCACCAUUGUUUUCGCGUGGUUGUUGGUGGUGUUCGUUUAUGUAUGCUCGUUCAUCCCUCUCCGCAAGCCUAAUGGCGUUGGUACUCACGAACGUGUUCUUUCUAUCAAUGGCAAUACUGGCAAUGUCAUUUACGACUGGUUCAUUGGGCGUGAGUUGAAUCCUCGCAUCGGACCGUUGGACAUUAAACUUUACUGCGAAUUGAAACCUGGUAUGUUGUUGUGGCUCCUUAUCAAUUUGCUGUGCUGCCAUUACCAGUAUCACACCCAAGGUCUGGUGUCCGACUCUCUCGCAUUGGUGACCGCGAUGCAAAUGUUUUAUACUUUUGACGGGGUGCUCAACGAAGCAGGGGUGUUGCUGAUGAUGGACAUCACCACCGAUGGUUUCGGGUUCAUGUUGAGUUUUGGAGACUUGGCAUUGGUGCCGUGGCUGUAUUCUCUUCAACUGAGAUUCCUCUGUCUUCCCGAAAACCGCUUGGAUCUUGGCUGGCCUAAAGUUAUUGGGAUUACUGCGCUUAUGGCUUUGGGUUUCUACAUUUUCCGCCUGGCUAACCAACAGAAGAGUGAUUUCAAAAAUGGCAAGCUUGACCACAAAAACUUUAAGCUGAUCAAGACUGAAACCGGCUCCAAGUUGUUGUGUGACGGCUGGUGGGGAUUGUCUCAACACAUCAACUACUUUGGUGAUUGGUUGAUUGGGUGGCUGUGGUGCUUGCCUACAGGUUUCCAGCUGGUGCUCCCCUAUUAUUACGUGAUCUAUUUCGGGGCACUUUUGGUCCACCGUCAAAUGCGGGACGAGGCUAAGUGUCGGGCGAAGUAUAAGAAGCUGUGGGUGGAGUACGAACGUCAAGUGCCGUACAAAAUUAUUCCUUAUGUGUACUAA